AUGAAGUGGGGAAACCGGCCAAUCGCGCGCCGCGGGCCCUCGUACCGGGAGGCGGACAACCCUCGCCCCCGACCCCCGGGGCGCGCGCUCCAGUCCUGGAAACGGGUCGGGACGCACCCAGCAGGCAGCCUUCCGGGCGGGGGCGCCUCUUCCCUGGCGCUGGGCGGCGACGCCCCGGGUCGGCGCCCCUUUGUGCGGCCGCCGGCGGGCACCAUGCUGUCCAUCGCGGGCAGGUACGCGGGGAAGAAGAGGAAAAAGCCGGCGCGGAGGAGUCCUAAACCACAGCCUCCAGAAGGAGCCAAGUCCAACCCUUCUAAACGGCACCGGGACCGCCUGAAUCAAGAGCUGACCAAACUGACCAACUUGCUGCCCUUCCCUGAGGAUGUGCGGGCCCGGCUUGACAAGCUCUCCAUCCUCAGGCUGAUUGUGGGCUACCUAAAGGUGAAGAGCUACUUUGCAGCCAUCCUAAAGGACAGCAUUGCAGACUGCUCAGGUGACCCACCCAUGAAUCCAGGAAGAAGUGAGCAUACCUCUCCACAGGUCAAUGUAGAACUGUUUUCUGAAGGGGACUUGCUUCUUCAGGCCCUCAACGGCUUCCUCAUGGCAGUUACAGAGGAUGGCUAUGUUUUAUACGUCUCUCCCACGGUCCAGGACUACUUGGGAUUUCAUCAAUCAGAUGUCAUCUAUCAGAGUGUGUUCGAGCUGAUCCACAAGGAGGAUAGAGCCAUGUUCCAGAGCCAAUUUCUCUGGCCUCCAGAUGCAGCACCUAUCAGCAGAGAGGGAGAGCAGGACAACCACCCUCUGCCUGGAGAGAACUGUCUCUCACUUAAUGGCACCCCCACUGACAGCCUGCAGCAUCAGCCCUUGGAGGACCCCUCCUAUCUGGAAAGAAGUUUUGUCUGUCGGUUCCGCUGCCUGCUGGACAACUCUUCUGGGUUUCUGGAGCUGAAUUUCCAUGGCCAUCUUAAACUCCUCCCUGGGCAGAACAACAGAUCAGAAGAUGGCACCCUCAUGUCUCCGCAACUCACCCUGUUUGCCAUUGCAACACCUCGCCAGCCACUCACCAUCCUGGAGCUCCAAAACAAAACAUUUCUUUUCCAAACAAAACACAAAUUGGAUUUCACACCUAUAGCCUGUGAUUCCAGAGGCAAGGUGGUCCUGGGUUACACCGACAGCGAACUCUGCAGGAAAGGCUCGGGCUACCAGUUCAUCCACGCGGCCGACAUGAUGCACUGCGCCGAGAAUCACGUGCGGAUGAUGAGGACGGGCGAGAGCGGCCUCACGGUGUUCCGGCUGCUCACCAAGCAGGCCGGCUGGCUGUGGGUGCAGUCCAACGCCCGCCUGGUGUUCCGUGGCGGCCAGCCCGACUGCAUCGUCGCCCGGCAGCGGGCCCUGACGAAUGCAGAGGGGGAAGAUCACCUGCGCAAGAGGGCCCUGCAACUACCGUUCACCUUCACCACAGGGGAAGCCAUCCUGUAUGAUAGCAGCCCCCUGAGCCCUCUGACUUCCCUCCCAGCCAGGAAGAGGAUCCGGGCAAGGAAGGGCACCCCCACUGGUCAGGGCCCUGUGCACCCAGGCUCUCUUCUGGGAGCCAUGAUGCGGCAAGAUGAAUCCAUGUAUUUGUCCUGCAUGGUCCCAACCACCCAAGGCUCACCCUUGGAGAGGCAGGGGUCCAAUGGCAGACAUGAGGACAAGGAAGAGAAAGAGAAGGAGGAAGACCACUCCUUCCUGUCCCUCAUUGAGACCCUGCUGGAGAAGGACACAGAAGAACAGCCUGAUCUCUGCUCCACUCUCCAGCACCUGGGGGUCACUGACCUCAAGCAGUGUUUGUGGGAAGAGAGCCUUCUCAGGGCUGACUCAGGCCCUGCAGGGUCUCAGAACUUCCACCCACUGCCCUCCAGUCAGGGAGGGGGCUCCCACAGGGAAAAGGAAGUACUUUUUCAUGACAGUGGAAAUGUGGCAUUGCCCCCACCAGCCAGCACAACUGUUCCACAGACCCUAAAGCCACAGCCUUCUCUGGGCUCGGGCCAGCUAACUGGGGAAGUAACUCCACCUCAGAACCUGGGCACAGUGCCCAGCUGCCUUCACACACACACCCAGCAUUUUUUCACCACUGGCCCUACAUUCCAGAGCCCUCCACAGUGGCAGCCUCAGCACACCCAGGCAGCACCUUUAAAUUUUGGGAUAUGCCAGAAACCAAAAAUAUUUGACUUCAGCCCCCUCCCCGAGGCCUCCAGCCCCAGACAGCCUGCUCAGGUGUUUCAGCCAAACCACACAUCUUUGCUCCCUUUAGGAGAAAAUGUUGUCCCUGGACACCUGGAUCAGCCAGACCCUGGUUUUCUUGAUUUUUGCAAAGAACCUAUGCUCUGGACAGCCUCACACAGUGGUCAGUGUCAAGGGCCCUUCAUCUCCUCAGACCCUACCUCCUGGGGCACCCAUCCCUCGGAGAGCAUUUGGGAUUCCCCCAUCCAAGGCCAGCCAGUAAUGGUCCCUGCGGAAGUGGAGGCAAGGCAGGCCCAGCCUGACCCCUUCCACCACCUGAGGUCAACCAUGGCCAACUCAUGCCCUCCAUGGGCAGGGCCAGCCAGUGACAUUCCUCCUGAAUUGUGCUGUGGUUUGCCCCCAUCUGUGCAGGGGGCACUAGGUACCCCAAAGGACACACUUGGGAGUCAAGAGCACCCACCCCACUCCUUGGUGGUGAGCCAGCUCUCGGGGAGCCCUGCCUGUCCUUCCCAGGAGCUCCUGCACAGACCCUUGGCUAUGCAGGACUCUUACAGCAUGGACUGCCCCUGCUCAGCUGCCAAGCAGCAGCAGUGGCUGCAGACCCAGGAGGCAUACGGGCCAGUGAGAGAAAGAUUUCCAAGUGUCCAGCACCUGGGUGGCUGCUCAAGAGAUGCCAUUCCCCCCACCCUGCAGCUGAGCCCCUUCCUGUCCUCCAAAAGCAGCUCCCCAGGUAUAGGCAGCAGCCAAUGCAAGAGCCCAGCUGAACCCACAAGGCAGAGCAAGGACAGACCGGUCAUCCUAGCCCCAGGUGCUGUGGUGAAAUCCCAGGUGCAGUCCAGCCCUGUUCUGCCUCCCUGCCAUCCUGACCCUGCCUGCCCAUCUACGUCUACGCAGGGCAGCCAUGACCUCCAGCUCCAGUGUUAUCAAAACAAAGUGCACAGCACCAGAGCACCUGGGAUUGCAAGCCUCAAAGGAAGCACGUUUUCCUCCAAAUUCUGACUUAGGCCAUAUCGUGCUCUUCGCCCCUGUCUGUGAACGUGAUUUGGAGCCUUAACUAUUAACAUUUUCCCUUGAAUUGAAGUAUCUUAAAUUUUCAUAUUUCUGGGUCAAUAGUUAACUGUUUUCUAUGUGUAAUUACACAUAUCUGAAACCUUAUUCUCUGUAUCCCAAAGAUAUGUGGGGGUUUUUUUCCUCAUUUCAUUCUGUGCACUUUAUACUCAAGACACACACAGAAUUCUCAUCCUUGUUAGAAAAGUAACUUUUGAUCCACAAAAAUGUUCAUAGGAAAGAGACAUAAUGGGCAUCCAACCCCCUAGACACAUUCCAACAUUUGCCUUCACAAUGACAUUUCCAAGCUCAGAGCUGAGGCUCAGCAUCAGACAACCUAUUUACAAUCAGGGCCACCCAGACACAUGGUUCUUACAGCACAAUGACAUGCUGAGAGCCACACGUGGAGAAGGGAUGUGAGCCCUUUGGUCUAGACCCCUGAAAAGGGUUUGGCCUUCACCCAGUAUCUAGGACACGGGAGAAGAGGGUCCUCUGUGGAGCCCAUGUGCAGAAAGAAUCGUGUCCUGCCUGAGAGGAAGGCAUGGGGACGCUGUAGAUGGAAGAUCCAGACAGUGGUGCACCUUUGAGGCACAGAGUGCAUGGACCUCAGUCUCCCAGCAGAGCAAACAGAAACACUGGCGGCCACUACUUCUCCUGCCAUAAAGGACUCAGAACGGUCAAGACUCACAGUAGCACUUCCACUGACUUGUGAGGCUUCAACCACAGAACUCAUUGUUCAGGAGCUGAAUGGGCGAAACAUCAUCAAGUACAACCGCCAUUGGACUUGUUCACCACUGUCACCCAGAACCAGGCACACAGUGGGUGCUUAAUGAAUGGUAAUAAACAAGUAGUCAGGAGUGGCCAGAG